UGCGGCGAGAGCAGCAGGGAAGGAGGCGUGUGGCGCCCGCCCCCGCCCGCGGUGCUCAGAGCCGGAGGUGCAGCGAGGCGCUCCCUCAGCCCCAUUCCCGGUGCCCAGUCCAGCACCGACCCCGCGAGGCGGCCCUUCCCUGCGCAGCGGUGGCAGCGGCGGGCAGGAUGACGGCGGAGGAGAUGAAAGCGGACGGGGCUCCCCUGGAAGGGACAGACAUCACCCCCAAGCAGGAUGAGGGCGUCCUCAAGGUUGUCAAGAGAGAAGGCAGUGGGACAGAGUCUCCAAUGAUAGGUGAUAAAGUGACUGUCCAUUACACAGGAUGGCUUCUUGAUGGCACAAAAUUUGACUCCAGUCUGGACAGGAGAGACAAAUUUUCAUUUGACUUGGGGAAAGGUGAGGUGAUCAAAGCAUGGGACAUUGCUGUGGCAACUAUGAAGAUCGGUGAAAUCUGUCGGAUUACAUGUAAACCAGAAUAUGCCUAUGGCUCAGCUGGGAGCCCCCCAAAGAUACCUCCCAAUGCUACACUGAUUUUUGAGAUAGAACUUUUUGAGUUCAAGGGGGAGGACCUCACUGAUGAAGAAGAUGGUGGCAUCAUCCGGAGAAUCCGUAAAAAAGGGGAGGGCUACUCCAAGCCCAAUGAGGAUGCACUCGUAGAGAUCCAGUUUGAAGGCCGAUACGCAGGUCGUGUUUUUGACAAGCGGGAAUUGCGGUUUGAGAUUGGGGAAGGUGAAAACUUUGAUCUUCCUCAUGGUCUGGAGAAAGCAAUUCAAAAAAUGGAGAAAUCAGAGGAAUCCGUGUUCUAUCUCAAACCCAGCUACGGUUUUGGAAGCACUGGGAAUGAGAAAUUUCAGAUCCCUCCAGAUGCAGAGCUGCAGUAUGAAGUGAAACUCAAAAGCUUUGAAAAGGCUAAGGAGUCUUGGGAAAUGAACACGGAUGAGAAGUUGGAACAAAGCUCCAUUGUGAAGGAGAGAGGCACUCAGUACUUCAAGGAGGGAAAAUACAAGCGGGCAGCAUUACAGUAUAAGAAGAUUGUGUCGUGGCUGGAGCAUGAAUCAGGACUCUCUGAUGAGGAGGAAUCAAAAGCCAAAAGCUUGAGGCUUGCUGCCCACCUUAAUCUAGCUAUGUGCCAUCUCAAGCUAAAGGAAUACUCACAAGCUUUGGAAAACUGCAACAAGGCACUCGAACUGGAUAGCAACAAUGAAAAAGGCCUCUUCCGGCGUGGAGAAGCGCAUUUGGCUGUCAAUGACUUUGAGUUGGCCCGAGGAGAUUUCCAGAAAGUGAUACAGCUUUAUCCAAGUAACAAAGCUGCCAAAGUGCAACUGGUAACUUGUCAGCAAAAAAUACGAGAGCAGCAUGAGAAGGAGAAAAAGAUGUACGCCAACAUGUUCCAAAGGCUUGCAGACAAAGACUUAAAGUCAGCUGCUACUCUUCAGACCAGCCACACUGAAGAUGCAGAAAUGAAAGAUGAGCAGAAUGGAGUUGAAGAUAAAUCAGAAGUUGAAGCAGAAGCAUAAAAACAAACCCUAUUCCAUUAGUUUUGUAAAUGAAAGAAUUUCCAGUGAAUUA